AUGUCAAUAUUAAAUUUCAUUUGUUUAUUACGUUUUAUUCAAACUAAUGUACUUUUGGUUCAUCAAAACAGCGAAGGCACUUAUUAUUGCCAGCCCAACAACGACCUGGGCACUGGCAGUUCCAGCUACGUCAACUUGCGCGUCUUCCAGCCGCCGCGUUUCAUCGGCCAGCUACCGCCCGUCCUGCAGAAGAAGGCCCAGGACGCUGAUUUCAACAUGACGUGCUCCGCCCAGGGUAAACCCAAGCCAUCCAUCACCUGGUUGAAGGACGGCGUGGAAAUUUUGCCGGGAAGCAGUUCCGGCGCUUACGAACUGGUGACGGACGAGUCUGAGGGACGCAACGCCAUUUUCACCGUCCGCAGCACCCUCCGUUUUCACGGCUCGGAACGGCCGGCUCUUUCCCAGUUGACGGCCGACGAUCGCGGCGUCUACACGUGCGCUUUCGAGAACCAAAUCCGACGCAUCGAAUCCACCCUCACGUUGAAGAUCGAACACGCACCCAUUUUGCUGGAUCACAGGCCCAAAGUGGCCUCUAAUGUCGGAUCGUCCAGCAUCCAGUUGCUGUGCCAAGUGCAGGCCUACCCUCGUCCCAAUUUCGAAUGGUCUUUACGCGACGUGCCCAUCAUUGGCGGAGGAGGCGAUAGCAAAUACGAAAUGAACGUGACGUCGAUGACGGACAACGGUCACGACAUCUACCAGGGCAUUCUGCGAAUCAACGACGUCAAAGAGUCCGACUACGGCGAUUACACUUGCAAAAUGUGGAACGCUGAAGGCGAAAAUGCGGCCGCUGUCCGUCUGCAAGCGACCAGCGCACCGGAGAAGCCAACCAAUUUGAGGGUUGUCCAGUCAGGUUACGAUUCGCUGGCGCUCGAAUGGGACGAAGGAUUUAAUGGAGGAUUUGAAAAUACUAUUUAUACUGUCCUCUAUCGGGCCUUUUCUUCGAGUAGCAAUGCUGGCCAGCAACAAGAGGACGAUUGUCAGUAUGCAAAUCCGUGUGUUAUUCGAGGCCUGGAACAGCUCCAGUCGUACACGAUCCAAGUGCGCGCCGAGAACACGAAGGGCAAGAGCCCGUUGAGCAACGCCCUAACGGCCUCGACCAUCGUCGAUCUCUCGCGCAUCCCCGAGCCCAAACAGGUGACGUUCGAGCCCAAAACCAAGACGAUCUCGUUCAACGUCGACUCUCAGCUGCCCCUCAUGGCCAUGGUCGAAAGCCGCAUCGACGGCGACUGGUCUCUGUCGCAGAGGAUCUCGGUCCGCUCGCCCGUCAGUCGCGAAGUGCUGGACUUGGUGAAAGACGACGUCGAUGAUGUCCGCAUUAAAUUGUGUCUCGAAAUGAACACGACGCUGUGCAGCGAGGCCGUGGUGGCCGUGACGGGCGACCUCAUUCAAGAGCCGACCAAAGCCCUGACGGACUUGCCCGCCAAGUACAUGGUGGCCAUCAUCGUCGCCUGCGUCGUCGGCUCUCUGGUCUUUGUCCUUUUCGCCAUCUUUUACUGCUACCGUCGCCGGAGGGCGCAAAAAUUGAAGAAGCUGCUGGAAAUGGAAAAGGCCCAUUCGGCCCGUCCCACCAUCGGCCAACAACAACAACAACAGCAACAACCUCCUCCGCCUUACUACGCCGGACUGGAGAAUAAGGGACGCGACGCUAGUUUGAUGGACACGAGCCACGGCAGUAUGCUGGACGACGCGGCCAGCAAGAACGCCCUCUACGCCACCCAGAACGGCUACGGCUACGCGGUGGGCAGCGCUCAAAAUAACGGACAUGCCAACGGCGAUUGGGUCAAUAUGGCGUACACGGAACACAGUUAUUCUAAUUCGAACAAUGGCGGCUCGGUCAAUUCUCAAGACUCUUUGUGGCAAUUGAAAUUGGCCAGCCAAAAUGGCGGCGUUGGCGGAGUGAACGGAGGCGAUCAUCAAUUGGGCAAUGGAGCACUGCCGGAUAGGUCGUACCACUAUGAUCCAAUGACUCACGGAGGAUACGGCGGAUUCGAAGAUUACAGUCACUACCCGCCCAGCACCGGCGAUGACUACAUGCAGCGCAAUAAUUACGGCGCCGUGACGGCCAAUGGAGAUCCUUACGCUGCCGUCCAUAAAAAUGGCAAACGCAUGGAACAUCUCGAAUCAACAUAUCACAACGUGAGUGGCUUGCCAGAUCCCUACAUGGAGGCCGAACCGGAGGAGAUGAAACAGCACCAACAACAGCAACAACAACAACAAAUGGCGCCACCGCAGCACAUUUCCCUCUCGUUCGACGAAUCGCUCGAGAGUGGCUACUCGACGCCCAAUUCGCGGAAUCGCAGAGUCAUCCGCGAGAUCAUCGUCUAGAGGAGAUGCUAAUAUUAUUAUUUCUUUAAAGAUUUACGAUUAUUAGAUGUUGUACAACUCCCUUCGUCUCCCACUCUCGCAUUGAUCUAAUUUAAAAUCAGAAGUGAAUGACCUGACAACGUUUUCGCCCUAUGUGCCAAAACACCUUUCGAGGUUUUACCAUUUAACGGAGCGACGACAAUCAUCACUAUUUUCAUCACCUGGCUUGUCUGAUGGCCGCCAUCUUUUUUUGGUUGAUUGGCUGAAACAACAACAAAUUUUCCCUAUUUGGUUUUUAUGUUUCUUGAAAUAACAAAUAAGAAUUCAGUUUGGAUUGUGAUAGGAAGGCUCAAAGAAGGAUAUUCAUGUGCUGCCCUCUAGUGGGGAAUGGGGGGAUUGCCUGCCUGUUAUUUGUUUUGUCGCCAUUUUGAUCUCGCUGAAAUGAAGGGAAAAACAAAAA